GUUCAGCACAAGUUCAUCCAGCCGCUUGAGCCGAACUUGGGCGGCCAUCCUGCCUGGUAUCGCAACCAACGAGGCUCACGGUCUGAGGAGCAGUCGAAUAGCUAGCCCGUUUCCGGUGGCGUCCUGCUAACGUCGCGUUAGCCUAGGCGGCUCCUGGAACGGCGGGCGGACAUGUAGAACCGGUACAGGUGGGGACGCGGUUUCACCGGCCUUCGCCCGCGGGCCUUGCGUGCUCUGCUCGCCGUUAAUCCCGAUGGUUCUGGACUUUCGACUCAAAAGGCGGAAUGUGGGUCACAGCGUCCAUGUCAACUGGACUGGUUCCAAGUCCAAAUUUGGUUCUGGACCCGGACUGAAAAGCAGGACAAACCGUCCACGGUUCCCCUUGGUAGCGCUCGGAUGGACCAGUACACUCCGCAGGCGAACCUGCCGGUGAGGCGGAUCAGUCGGGAAUAUGGCUGAAUCCAGGACGGUGCCUCGGGACCAGGAUGACGUCACUGGGAUACACUUCCGCCUAAGUAUACUUUCAAAACAAUGUUUUCGAGGCGUGAUUCAUGUAUUUAUUUUAUUAAUCGUUCUUGUUUGCCGUUGUUCUCUAUGGCUUGGAAUGUAAUGGUUAAUAUGAACUGAUUCAUUAAUUUACAGAAGACACUCUCAAACCGAUCCAACGACCAGAGCAAAAAAAUCCUCUUUAUUCAAUCAUAGUCUGAGCUCUGAAUCGAACGUCCCGGAAACAUGGAAGUGUACAGUUACUGGCUUUUCUUUCGAUGCUCUUAAAUUCCAGGAGCAAGUUACAUCCACAAACCAAAUCACCGACAAUGACGCCAACGUUUAUUCUCACCAUCACUGACGCUGUGCAGUAUACGACGAAAAAAAAUCAAGUUAUAUAUAGUUUAUUGUUAUUGGUUGGCCAGCGGAAGGUUUAGCUCCCAAUGUUUUACUGCUGUUGGUAGAAAGAGACUGUGUAACGCGAUCGUCGAAUUGAACUGUGAGGGUGAGAGUGCGUGAUGUCAACACGCGCGCCUCAAUAAAGUAACCUAACCUCUCGGCGUGUCAUGCGGCUCUGCUUUUGUUUCCGACAGAUAAAAGCUGAAGGCUGGAUCAAAUACCUACAUGCUGCUGAAAGUCACGUGUGCACUUGUAAUUGACACACAGAUCUCGAUUUCGCGAGACUUGGCGUCUCUUUGAGCGAGAUCAGCGGUGCAGGAGCGUGAGUCCGGACGAGCUCGUAUUUCCGCGGUAAGACGGUGAUUAGCGCGCGCAGCCACGUGCACGGCCCUGGCGCUGAUGCGCAGAAGGGGCGCGCGCGUCAAACUCCGUGCAUGAGCGCGUGCGUGCAGCUAGCUCGAAGCGUGUGCGGAGAAGCGGGCGCGACGGAUCCGCGUAGCUGCGUGCGCGUAACUUGUCGUUUUGUGUCCGUGUAUUGUGCGUGUAUUCGCUUACGAAAGCGCAUGCAUGUGCGCCGUUUCUGCAGCGGGCGGUCGCUUGAGCGAGUGUUUGCACGUCUUCUGCGCCCGUCAUGACGCGUUCUUCAUGUUCCUCAAUGAACCGUUGGACAAGUCCCUGACCAGUCUUUCACGUUUGUGUGUGUGCGUGUGUCUAUGCGCGUGUGCGUGUGCUGAAGGGUGAGGGGUCAUGGAGGUUUCUUCCCACAGCCUCUUCCUGCUGCAGCAGCUCAAUGUUCAGCGGGAGUUUGGCUUUCUAUGUGACUGUACCGUUGCUAUUGGCAACGUGUACUUCAAGGCUCACCGGGCUGUUCUGGCAGCCUUCUCCAACUACUUCAAGAUGAUUUUCAUCCACCAGUCCAGUGAGUGUAUCAAGAUCCAGCCCACGGACAUUCAGCCUGACGUCUUCAGCUACCUGCUCCACCUGAUGUACACGGGGUCGCGUCCGCAGCAGCCGGUGGACCAGACGCGCUUGCAGGACGGAGUCCGCUUCCUUCACGCCUAUCAACUGGCUCCCAAAUCGAACGACGGUGCAGAUGAGGCGACUGUCGAAACUCCUCGCAUGUCCAACCUGUACGGCAUCCAGAUCUCCUCUCAGCUGGCCACCAAAGAGGCGUCUGCUGACCUGAAGGCAGCUGCGGCCUCCAGCAUGCCUGCAGAGGGCGGUCGGCAAGGGAGGCUCUCCUUCCAAGCUGCACUGGAAAGGCUUCCGUCAGACCACCAACUGCCCUCCGUCUGCUCCAUGGCAUCUGGAGACACAUGUGACACUUCCACCCACAUCAAGCAGGAGACCGGGGCUGAUGCCGACAGCGAAGGAGGGACUGCGGAUGCCGCAGAGGUGGGGCCCCCAGCUCAGCUCAUUCAGUGUCCACGCUGUGGCGAGCAGUGCUCCUGCCCGGAGAGCCUGCGCCUGCACCUGUUCAGUCACACCCUGGAGCCCGCCCACCUCAUGGGCGGUCUGAGCCAGGGCCUGGGUGAGGGGCCGGUGGGCAGCCAGGAGCAGCUGGAGGAGGCCCUUCGCCAGAGUCAAGUCCUUGCCAGCCAGCUGGCCGCAGAGCUGAAGAGGAGUCGCAGCGAAGGCCAGAUCGCCUCUUCGCCAGCCGCGGCCCUGAACUCGCGCAAGAGGAAGAUAGCUUGCGCCGUCUGCUGCCUGAGAUUCAGCCACAAGGGGCAGCUGCAGGAACACAUGUACGCUCACACUGGGAAGCCCCGCCUCCAUCGCCACAGCCGCCCCUGCAGCCAGCUCUUCCCGGGCGCCGAGGAGUACUGCGAGAGCGAUCACGUCGGUGAAGGCAGCCGAGUGCUGCUUUCAGAGGAAGUCAACAGAGAUGUACAAGACAACGGAAGCUCGUCCUACUCGCUAGACUCUGAGGUUUCUCAGGAGAGUGCCGACGGCCGCUGCAAUGAGAUCAUGUGACCAGCUGAUGUUAAAUGUACUCUGAGGACGGCGCUCUUCUCCCAACAGUUUUUGUCGAACCCUGUCACUGAACAUUUGUAUCCAGGUGACGUGUGAUGUCCUGUUUGUUUGAAACUUGGUGCAAAGUUUGGGUCCGUUUGUGACACACGCCACUCUGUUCACACCACCUCCACCUGGUAAAUCAGGGCGCACCCUGGACGCGGGUUGAUAUCUGAGCUCCACGGUGUGACAGCUUGCUUUAUUGGAGAAGGGAAACCAUAGUCACAUGUUUCGCUCCUGAUUGUGUGGUCCAAAUCUUUCUUUACGUCUGUGAUUAAAUAUUUUUUGUCUUAAUCGUUAUUUUUGCUCGGCAGAU